CAAGUGAUCCAAUUCGUGUAUCGUGUAAUCUUCUAGCCAUCGCCCUCCGUAACCUAAUACUAUCUAUUAUUCACUCUACAUUGCCCACAUCUCCUCCACAAUGGCAGUUGACGACAUCUCAUCGAGCGCUAAGGCCAGGGCCAACGAAUUGCUCGCCUACGGCCAACAUCAUGUCGACCGAGUCGUGAGCCCGCCUACACGACAGAAGGCCUACGACUGGAUUUACGACUUUUCAACCGAGAAGCCUAUUCUAUUCUCUUUUGUCGCCUUUCAAUUCACCUUCUGCCUCGCUCCUCUGCUCCUCUUUGCAGGCUUUGCCGCGACAACUAUCGCUGUCUCUUUGAUCUCAGCCGUCCUGUUCUCGCUCUUUUGGAUCGGUGUCGCCACACUUUUUCUUGUGCCGACCCUCUGUCUCAUCUCUACCAUCGCUCUGCUACUUUGGGCAUGGGCGGCCGCCACCUUCUUUGCUGGCCGUUGGGCCUACAAUAGGCUACCGUUCAGCGUUGAUAAACAAGGAAGAAUAGUGGCACACGACAGCAGCGAGAAAAAGAUCAUCUACGACAGGAAGAACGGUAUUGGCGCCGACUUGGACAUCAAGGCCGAAGAGGUCGAGGUCAAGGAAUAGAUUACCGGUGAGGUUUUAUGGAUGGCGAUGGAGCUUGGCUGGUUCAUGAUACACCAGGGCACCGUGGCGCUGUUGAAACUCAGAUUCUGGAUGUAGAAUUAAAUGGGUCGACUAACCCUU